UGGAAAUGGAAUUCCAUUUUUGUAGUUAUUCAAUUUAUAUAAUAGAAUAAUAUAACUAAACAAUAUUAUUAUAUAUGAUGAGAGAGAAGGAAAAAGGUAUCACACUCGAGGCUCUCUUUCUCUCUCCAACUCUUUUUUUUUUUUUUUUUUUUAAUUUCGUUUUUUUUUCCCCGUCCUAUCCGGGAAUGGAAAUCAAGGUGACCAUAUAAUUAUUUUUUUCUUUUCAUUUUUUAUUUUUGUUUUGCUUUUGGUUUUGACUAUAGAGAGACCUUGUUCAAGUGUCAUUUUCAAAGAUAUACUCCCGAGGAACACCAGACCCAAAUCCCACUCCUUUCUAUGCCUUUCUGGAAUUCUUUUUCUCUUUAAUUUUUCCCUUUCCAUUCCUUUCCCCUCUCUCUCUCUCUCACACACACAAGUAUGUCUGUUUGAAUAAAAUGGAAUAAUUUUCCUUUACUUCAUCCCUCUUCAAGUUCUCUCCUUUGUUCUAGCUUGAAAGCACACAAAGCUGUUCCUUCAUAUAAACCUUUCUAUUCUCUUCAAAUCAAACAAAUCUACAAGAAAAAACAAAAAAGAUCAAAAACCAACUACAAAAAAACAUACAUAUAGCUAGCACUUGUUCUUUUCCUUUCCUUUUCUCUUCAACAACUUUUUGAUUCUUAUUUUUGAUUAACUAUUUGGUUAGAAAUCCACCAAACAUGCCCUUGGAAGGGAUUUUCAUCCAACCCUCUCCAAACCCACUCCCUGAUCUCUCUCUCCACAUUAGUCCUCCAAACUCUUCCUCUUCAUCUAUUUCCAAUACUACUACUAGCAAUCAUCUACUUACAGAUUUUGAUCUUUCAAGCCUCCGUGAAGCUCACAAGUCCAGCAAUGCCACUUCGGAAUCUCACACCGAGCUCUCCUUAGCUCACCGGACAAGUGCCAUGGACUUUGAUCAAAGCCGGUACCGAAGAAAUCUCUCCGGCGGUGGAGCUGAAGAGCAAGUAGUAGUACAACAAAACCCUUAUCCCCAUCACAUCCAUCAACACUUAAACCACAUAAACCAUGGGGUUUCGCUGCUGGAUGUAUCAUCUGACGGCUUGAGGCCUAUAAAGGGUAUUCCGGUGUAUCACAACCGUUCGUUCCCCUUCUUGCCUUUGGAGCAUCAAAUCUCUCAUCCCCAACCUUGGCCUUCCUCUACUUCCUCCAAUUUGUUCUCCUCCUCAUUUCCUCACUCAUCGACUUCGCCUUAUAAUCUCCGAGCUGGUAUGGAUCAUCACAUGUCCAUCUUGAACUCGGGGCCUAAUGUGCACUCUUCAUCGCCGGCUUAUCGGAUUUCAGGCGCCACGAGGCUCAACGGCCUCUCCUCCUCGUAUCAAUUGCACCACCAUCAUCAGAAUCAGUACGGAUCAAGAUUCAUACCUAAGCUCCCCACGAAACGGAGCAUGAGGGCGCCUAGAAUGCGUUGGACAAGCACCCUUCAUGCUCGGUUUGUUCAUGCUGUAGAGCUUCUUGGUGGUCAUGAAAGGGCGACUCCAAAGUCAGUACUUGAGCUCAUGGAUGUCAAAGAUCUCACACUAGCUCAUGUCAAAAGCCAUUUACAGAUGUAUCGAACUGUUAAAACCACUGACAAGCCUGCAGCUUCCUCAGGACUUUCAGAUGGGUCCGGAGAAGAAGAGAACCUCCCAAUUGGUGAUGCAACGGAACGAGGUGGCUUAUUAGGUCGGUUUAUGGAUCAAAGGGGGACAUCUGUUGCAUCUUUGCAACAGGACACAGACUACAGUACUACUUCUACUACUCUCUGGAGUAAUUCUUCAAGCAGUACUAGAGAGGCUUGUCUGCGCAUCACCUCUAGCGACAUGGAAGGGCUCAGACCGUCAUCCCUCCCAUCACAACAAAGAUCCAGACCAGAAGUAGAGGAAUGUGAAAUGACUCGGCUGAAAAGCUAUUUAGGGUGUGAUUUGAAUCGGAAGAACCCUAGCUUGGAGUUCACGUUGGGCAGACCGGAUUGGCAUGACAAAGAGCAUGACUAAUCAGCUAUAUAUAUAUAUAUAUAUAUAUUAUAGCUCUCUUUGAUUUUGCAAUUGACUAGUAAAAUAUUUUCAUCAAGUACUUCAUCAUCAACAAGUAUUGCUGAGGAAGAAUAAGAAGAACAACAAAUUAAUCAUAGAUAUAUAGUUCUUCUAACUCACUCCAUUAAUCAUGGUGGUAGUGGGGGUUGUUUUGUCAUGAUUAUGUAAUGUAGCAUACAUUUUGUGGUGGCACAAAUGGAAAAGGAUCAAAGAAGAAAUGUAUAAGAAAUUAAGAGGAAGAAUCAAGCGCGUCUGGUGUGAUUUGCGGACGAUUGCACAUAUCCGAGGUUUACCUUGCAGUCUCGAAUACUAAAGGUCUUUAGGUUGGAAAGGUUCCCUAUUUGCAGUUUUAGAGGAUUUAUAUUUUAUACUGGCUCUCUUGUUCUCUCUAUGCCAAAUUUUAGUUAUUUUUGUACUUUAAUAGUUAGUAUUGGAAUUUUAUUUAUGUCAUUAAUUACCAUGGACAUGUUAACUCUAAUUGUGAAGCAUUGCUAGCAUAUGGUAUUUAAGUGGCUGAGUUUGCUUA